UCUGGUUGAUUUUAAGUUUCAGUUUCUAGUUUCUUCUUGCCUCUCCCAAACCUAAGUCCAGCUACAGUGGACUGAGAUUUCUGAACUGCUCAGCCUACACCCAGGAUUUUGCAGCAGCACAUAAACAGAUCACCAUCAUGAGUGAGGUCAACGGGGAAUCUCUGGAAAAUAUCCUUCCACAGCUGAAGUGCCAUUUCACCUGGAAUUUAUUCAAGGAAGGAAGUAUGUCAAGUCAUAUGGAAGACAGGGUGUGCAGCCAAAUCGAACAUUUAAACUUUGAAUACAAAGCAACAAUGUAUGACUUAUUGGCCUAUAUAAAGCACCUAGAUGGAGAAAACGAGGCAGCCCUGGAAUACUUAGGGCAAGCUGAAGAUUUACGGAAGCCGGAGCACGAUGAUCAAACAGAAAUUAGACAUCUGGUCACCUGGGGAAACUAUGCUUGGAUCUACUAUCACAUGGGCAAUCUCUCAGAAGCUCAGGCUUAUGUUGACAAGGUGAGACAAGUUUGCCAAAAGUUUGCAAAUCCUUACAGCAUGGAAUGCCCAGACCUUGACUGUGAGGAAGGAUGGACACACCUAAAGUGUGGAAGAAAUGAACGAGCCAAAAUGUGCUUUGAAAAGGCUCUGGAAGCGAAGCCCAAGGAUCCGGAGUGCUCGUCUGGGAUGGCCAUUGCCAUGUACCGCCUAGAAGAAAGACCUGAGAAGCAGGUCUCUGAGGAUGCUCUGAAGCAGGCCAUGGAGCUGAAUUCUCAGAACCAGUAUGUCAAAAUUCUCCUGGCCCUGAAACUGCACAAGAUGGGAGAAAAAUCUAAAGGGGAGCAAUUGAUGAGAGAUGCCCUGGAAAAAGCUCCUAACCAGAUGGAUGUCCUCCACAAGGCUGCUCAGUUUUACAAGAUCAAGGGUAACCUAGACAGAGCUAUUGAAUUUCUUGAAAAAGCACUGCGAUCCACAGCUCACAACAGUCCCCUCUAUUGCUUAAUCAUGUGCUGUUACAGGGAAAAACUGAAGAAACUGAAGAAUACAGGAGAAGAUGAUAACAGUGAGAGAAGACAGAAGAUGGAAGAACUGAGAAGAUUAACAAAGGAGUACAUGCAUAAAGCUCUUCAGAGGAGGCAAAGUCCUCUGAACUCCUACUCAGAUCUCAUCGAUUUCCCAGAAGUAAAGAGAUGCUAUCAGAUGCUAUUUAACAAGGAGAGCCCUUGUGCUGAGGAAGAAGACCUGUAUGAGCGCUAUUGCAACCUCCAGGAGUGUCACAGGAAGUCCAAAGACCUCGCAGCCCUGAAGGAUUUCAUGCAGUUUCCCAGACAUGAAAAACCCAUCAAGAAGGAAGAGGUUAAACAGCAAACAUAGAAUGCAGAUUGUAACCUGCAAUAGGAAAUGUUGCUGGAUUCUAGGCAUUUCUACAGAAUAAAUGAGAAGCUGGAUGGGUUAGGGAUUUGGGAGGCAACACACUUUGGGGCACAGGCAGAGUUUCAUGACAACUUCUGAGUCUGACAAGUAUGUCAGAAUGCAGACUCUCAGCUCUGCACUGUGAGAGAGAUGUGCUGUGGAGUGGUGCUUAUGGGGAGGAAAGGGCUGGAAAAGCAGGAGCCUUCCUGCCAAGGAUUGGUGACAAGCUGCUCUUGAUUUUUUUUUUUAAGGAACUGCUUUCUCUCCUUGUCUCCUCUGAUCAUUUGAACAAUAUAAUUUUCCAGCCAGUAGAUCAUAUUACUAAUCAAGUAGGGAAAGCAGGCUUAAGGCUCAUAGAGCACAUUUGAUCACAAUUUUUCUCUGCAACAUGGCAACUGACCAUCAAAAUUUAGUCUAGUUUCUUCAUUCCAUUUCAUUGAAGUCACUUAAGCUUGAAGGAUUAACUUUUGCCUAACCCUAAAAUAUUCUUUGCACAUUAUUCUUGUAUUCUACCCUGGUUUGUAUGUGUGUGUGUGAGAGAGUGUGUGUGUGUGAGAGAGAGUGUAUGUGUGUGUGUGUGUAUGUGUGUGUGUGUCCCUGCCCCUAACAAUGAUCCUACAGUAACCACGUAUGCCAAAUUGAAAUUGUAGAAUAAAUGUAAAUGUUUCAAUUAAAA